ACAGAAGCUUCGUUUCUGGUGUCUCUGACUCGGUUAUGGAGGGCGUGCUAGCCACGGCAGAGGGAAACGUUUUAGUAAAGCUGGUGAAGAUAGCGCAGAAGCGAGGUUUAAAAGGCGAACAUGGAACAUGGAAGGAGUUUCUAGAUUUUUACGACAAACAGCUCGGAUCCUCAAGCUUGAGUGAUCCUUCGAAGCGGAACAGAGAUGAUUUGGUCGCUUUUCUUACUACACUCAAGAAGAAAGAAGAUUUGCAGGUGUUGGCUAGUGUUCUGAAACUCGAGAAUGAUCUUUUUGAGAAAUUCAGAAAGAGAUCUCCGGAUGAGACUGCUGAGCAGAGGCUAGUUCGAAUGACACUUACGCAUAAGGAGUACCCAUUAGACUACUUGUUCCCAUCUAACGCUGAGGAUUGGGUUGUAACAGGGCUUGGAAAGAAGAAGAUUGAACCGACCAAGAUCGAAAUGAUUGCCAUUGAUUGCGAGAUGGUUCUUUGUGAAGAUGGGAGUGAAGCUGUUGUUAGAGUUGCUGCAGUUGAUCGUGAUUUAAAGGUGAUUCUUGACGAAUUUGUGAAACCGCAUCAACCUGUUGUUGACUAUAGGACUUUCAUUACUGGACUUACUGCUAAAGAUCUUGAAAAGGCUACUCUCUCUGUGGCAGAUAUACAGGAAAAAUUGCAGAUGUUUAUCUCUGAGGAUACUAUUUUGGUAGGUCAAAGCUUGAAUAAUGAUCUAAAAGUACUGAAGAUGGAUCAUGCCAGAGUAAUAGAUACUUCACUUGUGUUUAAAUAUAACUAUGACGGUACAAGAAAGCCUUUAAGACUUAAAAAACCUUCUUUGAAUUAUCUAUGCAAGUGUAUAUUGGGAUAUGAAGUGCAGAAAGAAGGUGUUCCCCACAAUUGUGUUCAUGAUGCAGAAGCUGCAAUGAAACUUGUACUUGCUAUACUAGAGAAUGGAGUAAAGACAUCAGUUCCACUAUCUAAAGAGAUGUUGGAAGCUGACAAGUCAAGGCUCUACCUUCAUAGAAUCCCUUGCAAUGUUCCUUAUGAAGAGUUAAAUGGAAUUGUAUCCAGGGAUAUCCCACAUGAAGUCAAGCCGUUCAAGAAACAAGAUCGUCACUACUAUACCGCGAUUGUUGUUUUUAAUAGUCCAGAAGAGGCAAAUCAAGCAUUUGAAAACAUUGCUGGAGACUUGGGAAAGGAUUCGAUGGGUUUGUCCCCAAAACAGGUCUUUCUAGAGCCGAGUUCAUCAGGACCUACAUCAUAUGUUCUUGUUCGUAAAAUGGUCGAAGAUGAUUUGAUUGGGGAAGUCUCUGCAGAAGAGAAGAAUGCAAGUCCUAAGAAACGGAAGAGAGAAUAUGAUUCUAAAGAGAAGAUCAGAGAUUUGACCAAACAAACAAAAAAAGAGAAGACCAGAGAGAGACGCAGAUGUAAACCAUCGCGUAGAAAAAAACAGAGAAGCUAAGUGAAACGAAGAUAAGAAACCUCAAAUGGUCUUGAAAAAUCAUUUAAGCAUGCUUCAAUUUUGCGUUUGAUAAUCAUUGAUCCCCUCAAAGGCUCACACCUUGUUUAAUUUUUAGUUUGUUGCCAAUUUAUUUUUUGGAUUUGUAUCAGAUUUUGCUAAAGACAAUCCCUCAUAUCUUGUGAAACCUGAUUAACCAAAA